CUUUGAUUCACAAUUAGAAAAAAACAAGACCCAAAUAGUUAUGAAUAGCUACACUAAACACCACUCUUAAACUCAUUUUACUCUACACACCGCUCUCCAUUCUCAUCCGUUUUUCUGGGUUUUCAAUUUCCAAUCUCAUGUGAUCUUUUCUAAGCUAUAACUAUUUGUUCACUCUGGUGCAUGGGACUUCUUCAUUUGGAAUAAGCUUGAUUAGUUUAUGCUUAAUGCACUCAAUUUUAUUCAAUCAGUCUGCUAUCUUCACUUUUGGACCAAUAAAAGAAAAAUAUGUGCCGUGUGCUUUUAGAUCUUAAUUUUAAAGGUUGAUAAUGGCACUUGAACCUUAUUAUAAUAAAGUUUCUAAAGUUAGUAGUUUGAACAUGGAAGAGAUUCAGUUAAAUACCAAUUUGGAGGAAGUGGUUUGUCCUAUAUGCUUAGACUUCCCUCACAACAGUGUACUUCUUCGAUGCUCGUCUUUUGAGAACGGGUGCUGGCCUUUUGUGUGUGAUACGGACCAUUUGCACUCCAACUGUUUGGACCGUUUCAAGAGUGCAUCUGGCAUGUCAUCCCCUUCUACAACUGAAGCAUCUUCAAUAAUUAACACUCAGCAUUCAGCGGUGGACGGCAAUAACAGACUAGCUUGUCCCCUGUGUAGAGGUGAAGUUUCUGGCUGGGUUGUUGUUGAUAAGGCUCGUGUAUAUUUAGAUGCAAAAAAACGGGGCUGUGAGGAAGCACGGUGCACUUUUACAGGAACGUACUCAGAACUAUGUAAACAUGCUCAAUUAGAGCACCCUCAUGCCCGUCCUUCAAGAAUUGAUCCUGCUCGACAACUUGAUUGGGAAAACUUCCAGCAGUCUUCUGAGAUAAUAGAUGUUUUGAGCACCAUACAUUCAGAAGUCCCACGUGGGGUGGUGUUGGGUGACUAUGUUAUUGAAUAUGGAGAUGAUGACACUGGGGAUGACUUUGAAGACUUUCCUGGGGAUGAAAGCAACUGGUGGACAUCUUGCAUCUUGUAUCAGGUGUUUGAUAAUUUCAGAAAUUCAAGAAAUAGAAGAAGGUCAAGAGUAACUGACACAAGGAGGGGAAGUCGCCGUUUGAGUUAUGAUAACUCGAACUCUGAUGAAGGUUCUGUGACAUCUGUAGAAUUUGCAGACUAUAGACUAGAUGAGACCGAUGACGAGUUUGCGAGUACAAGUGGCUCAUCCAGGGGUAUUUCUGGUCAUCGCAGUUCCCGAAGGCGUCGAUCUCGCUUUUAUGACCAUUAAGGUAUGUACUGCAAAGUUGUUUAUGAUAGUGAAGGAAGGACUGAAAGAUAAGCAUAGGAUGCUGGGAAUUAUGCCAAACAUUUAACAGUUAGUUGUGGAUCAGAUCUUGUAACAUAUGUAAUUAGAUCUGCUGGUACCUGAAUUUUUGGAUUAGAUUGGUCUAGUAUUCUCUGAAUUUGUUGUUGGAUUCUUUUUAAAUUUGGAAUUUACGACAAAUUUGCAUUA